AUGAAGUUCGACCCGGAUUCCGACAGCUUGCCCAAACGCUCCGAGUUGCCAGAUAUCCCUGGCGCUCCAAAAGGUGCCGCAUGGUUUUGGGGCAAAGAUGACGAGCUGGGAAGAUUGAAUCUGCUUACUCCCCGUCGUCGACUAGCGGCAGCUAAGUUGAUCGAAAGUGGAGAAACAAUCAACCUUGACUGGCCUUUGAAUCUGCCUAAUCCUCCAGCGUUUGGUCGUGAGCCUUUUGAAUGGAAAGUGAAAAGUCUCGGCCCCGGUGGCAACGAUGACAUCUAUCACAUGAACUCGCAAUCCGGCUCCCAGUGGGAUGGGUUUCGACAUGUCAGCAUGCCCAAAGGUGAUGGUAAUGUGAUCUUCUACAACGACCUCACCCAGGAAGAAAUCAUGAAUACUACUCGCUGUGGUAUACAAGCAUGGGCGGACCACGGUAUUGUCGGGAGAGGUGUGCUCAUCGACUACUGGUCCUACGCGCAACAAAAUAACAAGGUGUACGAUCCCAAUGAGACUCACCCGAUUUCUUUGACAGAGCUCCUCCAGUGCGCCAAAUCUCAGGGCACCCACUUCCAGUACGGGGACAUCUUGAUGAUCCGUACUGGAUGGAUCGACGAAUAUGGCAAGCUCGAUGAAGCAGGGCGUGCAGGUAUCGCCAAGGGAGGAGUGUUCGAUCACAAGUUUGUCGGCGUGGAAGUGAGUGAGGAAAUGGUGGAUUUCCUCCAUGACAACUAUUUUGCGGCGGUGGCUGCGGAUUCUCCCGCUUUUGAAUCAUGGCCAACGCCCUAUGAGUGGAACCAUCACCUCUACCUGUUGCCCCGCUGGGGUUGUCCGAUAGGAGAGAUGUGGGAUUUUGAAAAACUGGCCAGGGUUUGCAAAGAGAAAGGAAGGUAUCACUUCUUCUUUGUGAGCAGUCCGGCCAAUGCACCAGGAGGUGUAGGCAGUCAUCCCAAUGCGACAGCAGUUUUCUAAGACACGACUAGAAUGCCUAGUGGUUGCGUUUCAGAUCAGGGCAACUGAUUGUGACGUGGAAACUCUACUUAUUCAUCGGAUAGAAUAAGGGUGGCCUGGCCCAACGGAACACAAUCUAAAACUGUGGCACAUUAUCAAAGCUUUUAGUUGCUCACAUUGUGCAGAUGUGCCCGAAGGUGC